AAAAAUAACAAGCCAGUUAAAAUUUCUUGGUUAGUCAGAUUUUCAUCUCAAACCGUGAAAAUGCUUGUAAUUAUGGUUUUAUAUUUUUUACGGAUCGCAAGUUGUGGUGGUUCGGAAGUAUUAGGCUUGGAAACGGGAAUUAUGAAAAUGAAUAAAAAUAACCAGGAAACAAAAUUGAAAGAGAACCUGGAGAAAGAACCAGAUUGGUCCUACAAUCCUAUACCAAAGGAAGUCUCGAGACACGUCCAAGAAUUCAAACGCAACAUGUCUGAAUGUUUAAAAGAGGUACAGAGAAAUGAUAGGAGAGAGAUCAAGAGAUUGUCGCCUAAGAUGGAGUCACCAGUACAUGGCGAGUGCCUUAUCGCGUGCGUACUUAAACGAAAUGGUGUUAUUGAGAACGGGAAAGUUGUAAAAGAUAACCUUAUUGGCUUAAUCACCAAGUUUUAUGCAAAGGAGGAUAAAUUAAUAAAGAAGUUGGAAAGGAAUAUCGAUAGGUGCAUAAAUACAAGUAUCAAAAGUAAGGAUGAAUGUUUGCUUGCAUCCCAUCUGAAUCAAUGUACCAAUGACAUAAUGGCAAACAACAAACAUAUGAUAUCUGUUUAAUAAAAAUGUAUAAUUAAAAAAAAUCCAUCUGCAACUGUGUUUUUUCUC